GUGCAAAAUUGUGGGUUUCUAAAAACAAAAAAAAACAAGUCUAGCGUGAAACUGAAUAAAUAAAAAAUAAUUAAAAAAUUCAUAUAUAAACCCCCUAAAGCUUGGUAAAAAUCAACUUCAUCUCCUCUCCUUCCCUCAAAAAUUCCAAAAAAUCCAAAAGCAUCAAAAAAUGUCCAAAACAUUUUUAAUCUUAACCUUCACCAUUUGGCUACUUUCCUCAACUACUGCUACUAAAAAUAAGUCUAAUGGUCUACUUGACGAAUUAUUAGAUUUGGAACUAGCUAAGAAGCUAGUUAAAGAGAUUAAUUUAAAAGCUGCUGGAAUAUGGACAGCCUCAGUUAACGAAUUGAGUCGUUUGCCGUUGGCAAAGCAAAAGAUCCUUUGUGGAGUUAAACUCAGUGCUGAAGUAAAAAUAAACAAAACUGAAGCAGAACCCCCAAAGUUUGAUACAAAACCAGGCUGUGAAUGCUUCCCAAAAGUUGAUUUUGACGCCAGAACUAACUGGUCUGGAUGUUCUCAAAUAAUUGGACGAAUUCAAAAUCAAGGCCAAUGUGGCAGUUGUUGGGCUGUCUCAACCGCUUCUGCCUAUACUGAUCGUUACUGUAUUGCUAGAGCCAAGAAGGGACAGAAUUCCCCAUCAAAUGAUGCUGGUUAUCAAUUUUCUGCUUUAGACGUGCUUACAUGUUCAAUGCAAGGAGAUGGUUGCCGUGGUGGCUGGCCUUAUAGUGCUUGGCAGUGGAUACAAACUAAGGGGGUUUGUACUGGAACUGAUUAUACUUGGAAAAGUGGAUGCAAACCUUAUCCUUUCUCACCGAACCAAGCUGGGCCGGCCCCUCCUUGUAUGUCGUCAUGCACAGCAAGUUGGAGAACCGCUUAUCCACAGGAUAAACAUAUGGGAACAUCCUCUGGUGCACUUUAUGGAAAUCAAGCAACUGUAGCAGCCAUACAAAGAGAAAUACAAACAAAUGGGCCUGUUGUUACUGUUUUCCUUGCCUAUCAGGAUUUUAUGUCCUACAGAUCUGGAGUCUAUUUCAGAACAACCAAUCAACGUGUAGGAUAUCACGCUGUUAGAGUCCUUGGAUGGGGGACGCAAACUUGUGGGAGCCAAAAAAUUGACUUUUGGAUAGCGGCGAAUUCGUGGGGUACUAAUUGGGGGGAAGCUGGGUUCUUCAAAAUCCGUCGGGGAGUGAAUGAAGUUGAAUUUGAAAAAUCAGAAAUUUCUUAUGGAAUUCCUAAAGUGUAA